AUGCAGAUCUUCGUCAAGACCCUCACCGGCAAGACCAUCACCCUCGAGGUUGAGUCGUCGGACACGAUCGACAAUGUCAAGGCCAAGAUUCAGGACAAGGAGGGCAUCCCUCCCGACCAGCAGCGCUUGAUCUUCGCGGGGAAGCAGCUCGAGGAUGGUCGUACUCUUUCGGAUUACAACAUCCAGAAGGAGUCGACCCUUCACCUCGUGCUGCGUCUCCGCGGAGGCAUGCAGAUCUUUGUCAAGACGUUGACGGGCAAGACCAUCACCCUCGAGGUUGAGUCGUCUGACACGAUUGACAACGUCAAGGCCAAGAUCCAGGACAAGGAGGGAAUCCCUCCCGACCAGCAGCGCUUGAUCUUCGCGGGGAAGCAGCUCGAGGAUGGUCGUACUCUUUCGGACUAUAACGUCCAGAAGGAGUCGACCCUUCACCUCGUGCUGCGUCUCCGCGGAGGCAUGCAGAUCUUUGUCAAGACGCUGACGGGCAAGACGAUCACCCUCGAGGUCGAGUCGUCGAUCACCCUCGAGGUCGAGUCGUCCGACACGAUCGACAACGUCAAGGCCAAGAUUCAGGACAAGGAGGGCAUCCCGCCCGACCAGCAGCGCUUGAUCUUCGCGGGGAAGCAGCUUGAGGACGGACGCACGCUUCAAGAUUACAACAUUCAAAAGGAAUCGACCCUGCACCUCGUUUUGAGGUUGCGCGGUGGAAAUGCGUAG